CGGCGGUAAUUAAUGUUUCCCUCGUGCCUUGUUUUUAUACCGGAAGACGGAUGCGGGAUCCGUUACCGAAAGGGAAGCGAAAGGUUUUAUUGAUAUAUAACAAAAUGCUGUGUUUCUGUAUAGGUUAGAAAUUAAAAACAAAGACAUUGAAAAUAAGAAUGAAAGUGAUACCUUUAUUGGCUUUUAUUCACGCUAUAAGAUCAAUUCAUCAACCAGUUAUUUGUGUAUUGUCUGCUAUAUUUAGAAGCCAGCUAGGUAUCAAUGGGGUUAUAGUGUCUAUGUGAUUAUGAUUGCUUGUUUUCUUUUGAACGUUACGGAGGUUGUGCUUUGAAAUGGACGGAGCUUUGACAGGUAAAUUCGCUGCCGGUUUAUAUUGUGUAAGUGGGUCUGCGUGGCUACUUCAUAUACUUGCUUGGUGUCAUUUUUGUGCACCACAUAUUGGCUUUGUGUAAAACGUGUUCUCGUUGUUGUUAUUAUUAUUAUUAUUAUUUAGUUGUAGUAGUUGUAGUUUUUUUUUAAUUUAGGCUAACCGAAUUUCCCUCUGAAGUGAAUUUCAGAUCGUUUUUCCAACAUUGAGUUCUGUGGUUCCUCAGUCAUCGUUUGUCAUUAUGCCCGUACCUACCCUCGAGGACGCUGAGGUCAAGUCCUCAGUAUUUUUCUGCAACUCCAAUAACCACGAUUCAUUACUGGGUACACCUAGGAAGGGCUAACAAUUUUGACCCCAGUAUUUAAAAAAUCUUGGCUGCAGCCCUGUUUAUCAUGCAAAUGCCUUCCCCUUUUCUCUCAUUUUAGACUCCAUGUCUGGCUUUACCAUUGAUAUCCAGCUGACGGAGCUAGGCUUUCCAGAUCUCUUCCAAAAUGGAAAGAUUGCAGAUCAUUGAUCCACAGAAUGUCACUGGUCAUAAAUAUAAACCCAGUCAAUCUAGCAGUAUGGCCCCUAAAUUGGUUUCUAAACUGAAAACUGUCCUUGUGAAAAGUAAAGGUCCACAUAAACCCCAUAACGCUGAUAAAAAGCAAAAAGGAAGGCGGCCUAAGAGGGAUGCUGGUGCAAUUGAAAUGGAGAUGGACUCUGCAGAGACUGAUAACAGUGACACUUCAGAGGAGGAUGAAGAUGAGGAAGAGGAGAUGGCUGUCUCAGAUAUCCCAACUGACAGCAUGGGCAAGCAUUUCUGCAAGGUGUGUAACCUCACCCUGCCCUCUGCGUUUCGUCUUCAAGAACACAUGCACCUCCACAGCGGAGAGCGACCCUAUCGCUGUGCUGAGUGUGGCAAACGGUUCUGCCACCUCGUGAACUAUCGCACUCAUCUCCGAAAGCAUGCGCAAGCUGCAGGCAUCCGCUGCAGGAUCUGCAACACUGGCUUUGACACGCUGGAAAGCCUGCAGGUCCACAUGGAGUGCGUCCACCUGAGGAAGAGGAUCUACCAGUGUGACAUCUGUAAUCUCAUCUUUGGCCGUCUGGAUGAGUGCCAGCAUCACGCAAAUCAGCACCAGAAUGAGUGCACGUGGCAUCAGUGUCCUCAGUGUGGCUGCCAGUUCCGCCGGCACAAAUCCCUUCUCCGGCAUUUGGAGCGACAUGAGCGCAGGCCCUCCUAUGUUUGCACUCAGUGUGGUCAAGCCUUCCCCAAGAAGACUGCUUUGCUUCGCCACAGCUUCUCGCACCUGGGAUUGCUGCCGUACACCUGCAUCCGCUGCCAGCGCCACUUUCGCUUGGCAUCACUCUACCACAAGCACGUGUGUGUGCCGGAGCGGAUUCAGUGCAUGGCCUGUCUGGCUUUCUUCGACAGCCAAAGGGACUUUGUGAGACACAAGGAAGAGACAGGCUGUUGGGGACACUUAGGUGCCAGGGUGGAUGGACCCCGCUGCAUGGAGUGCGGCCAGGCCUUUGAGAGUGCGGAAGAGUUGAAGAAGCAUGCGGGAGCUCACCAGAGAGUGCUGACUUGUUCCGAGUGUGGGAAGGGCUUUCGGUCAUCCCUGCUCCUCAUGUCUCAUAUGGGGGGUCAUGCUGGCAGUAGACCGUGUCUCUGUCAGCACUGCGGAUUAGGCUUCCCCCACCAGCAGGCCUACGAGAGCCAUCAGAAGCACUGCGUUCGUGUUCUUUCAGGCUCAGGGCCAUCAGCUGACAAUACGGAUCAGUCCAAAAAGAGGUCUGUAAGGUCUGAUAAAUCAUCAGCAUCCCAAGAUAAGGUGUGGCAAAUUAAAUUAAAUGAAAGUCACCCUCCUGUAGCCACUCUCAUUAUGAUCGUCCCUCUCCAAGCAAGAUCCUCUGCUCAGUUGGGUACCACCAUGCUCAGCAAGGUGGUUCCUCCCGAGGAUAGUGUUCUUUGCAAGAAAGAAAAGCUUUCCCCAUCAGUGGUCUGUGGUCCUUUGGAAGAGGUCAUGCAGAUGGAGCCAAGCAUGGCACCAGAAGACAUGAGGACCGAAUGGAGUGUGCUGAAGGCAUCUGGUGGGGACAAGGACUGCGUCGAUUCCCGGAGUAGGGAAGGACUUGAGCUGGAGAUGGAUGAAGUUGGGAUUAAUGUGAAAAAAGAGAGAGAGCAGAUGCAGGAUGAGGAAAAGACUGCUACAGGUGGUCUGGAGCAGGCAAGAAUUAUAAUGAAACAUAAAACCAAGGUUAUAGCAAGGGAGGGUACAGCUUGCGAGUCGAUGGAGAUUGUGUUGCCUUCAAAAAUGGUCAAAGGAAUGAGCCAUAUGGUUAAACAGGAACAUGUAUGUGCUAGUAAUGUGCAAUCUGAAAUUGUCUUCUCCCCAUUAAAAGCAAAAGAGGAGGCCACCUCCAUCAUCAAUGGGGGUCUUGAGUUGGUUGACCUGAUUCAGGCCAGGUAUGAAAUAGUGUCAGAUGAGAGGAUUAAUAUGAAGCAGGUGGAAGACAGUCAGGACAGCAAUGAUGUGGGGGCAAAUGUUGAAGACCGUAACAGUGGAAAUGUGGCGGAUUUUCAUUAUGUGGAGGUGGAGGUUUGGGAUGAGAUGGCAGAAGACAACUCUGGAGAUGAACCACAUGAAUGUGUGAACUGUGGCCAGAUCCUGCUGGAUGGGAACCUGCUGGAGCACUAUAUGCAGCACGCUAGCAAGUCAGACCUGCCCUUCCCAGAAUCCUCUGCUCCGACCCAGUCUCAGCCUCUGUUGUCCUCGUUUCCUAGCCCCCUAAAGAGGAAACAGAGACAUCGCAAGCGUCCCUGAAAGUCCUACAUGCAGUGAUGUUAAAGAAUGUUCUUCCCAAUCAUACCAAGAAUUCACAAGCUGUACAAGACCAUAGUCGGGAAGAAAGCGUUAUUGUAGUUUACAAAUAGCUAAUUCUAUUUUGAAAGUGACUGGAAGUGAUCAGAGUGGAACUCUCCUUAGGAGUAUUCUUUAGAGUAAAAAUGUACUGUAACCAAACUAUGACAAUACAAUCACUGGUUACCUUAUUUAAUCUCAGACAUGUUGUAUCACUUAUCUGCAGUUUGAUUUUGUCCAGAAUAUGAUUCUUGUUCAAUAUAAUAAUAUAAUGUGUUUUCACUGAAGCUUACUGGAGUUAUUUUCUGCUGUACAGAAAAUACCCCUUUCAUCAGGGUGGUGCUGUUCGUUUUAGUAAAAGGGUUUUUAUGCUCUAAUCUGAAAUGUUCUUCAUGCUAUUUUAAUGUAGUUUUGUCUUUUUCAGUUUUAUUUGUGGAUGAGAUAUAUUAAAAGAUUUCUUUUUGCUGAACCCAAAAGUGGGCAGCAGAUUGUCAAUCCACCAUAAAUGGAUUAUUUUAGCUUUUAGAACAUCAUUGUAUGGAUGUUGCGCCCUAUUAAAACGAAGGAAAAAAAUGGUCCCAGUGCUAAUUUGGCUGGGAGGCUUUAUUACUUUUGCUUGCACUUCUCAAUGUACAGACGCUCCUCUGCUUAUGAACAACCGUUCGUAACUUGAAAUGUUCAUAAGUCGUUAUGCAACAUCAUAUUGAGGAUAUACACAAGUACAAAGAACUGCUGGGAUGCUGGAAGUACUCACGCUAUGCUGCUGCACGAUGGGAGUAGCAGCCAGAAGUCGUACUUGGCAGAACUGGCGUGUUGAAAUAAAAUUUGAUGUUGCGGACAGGAAACGGGAGCCCAAGCAACACAAUUUGGACUUACAGUCCUCUUCGUUCAUAUGUCUGAAAGUUCGUAAUUUGAAAGGUCAUAAGUAGAUGAUCGUCUAUAAGUUUCUUUCAGAUACAAGUACCUCCUUUUUCUCAGUUAACAUAUUCUAUGAACUAUUACAUUUUUCUCACAAAUACUAUAAAUUCACUGAUUUGAUGACACUUGUACUUCUAAAGAAAUACUAAGUUACUUUUGUAGUCUGUAAGAUGUAACGUGGGAUAAAUAACUUAAAUGAUAAUCAUAUUAGUCAGUCAAUUUCAGUUCAUAAAAACCAAAACACUUGCGUUUUAUCAGUACAAACACUAAGGAAUAUUGUUUUGAUGUCUAUUUUUCUUUAAUAUUUUUCCUGAUUGUUGUCGUGUCUUAAUGAAAUUCAUAUCAAUGCACAGUUCCUCAGGAGUAGACGUUCAUUUUGUAUAUUUUGCUGUCCUAUUUAAUGCUUUAAUGUAUUGCAGGGUUCCUGAAAUCCAGUCGCGUAGGGCCAGAUUUCAACACAGUUGCAGAUUUCCCAGUCCCAACGGACCUACUAAACCUGGUAAUUAGCUAAUUAUGAUGUGUUUGAGCAGGGAAAUCUGCAAACUGCUGGAUUCUGGCCCUCAAGCACUGGAAUUGGGAAACCCUGAUAUAUUGGACAAAUGGUUCUAUGAUGGAACGAUUUCAUAAUUAAUUACCCUGUAAUUAUAAUCAAAAUACAGGCUAGGAUGUGAAAACAUUAUAACAUAUAACUGCCUCUACUGAAGCAAAAUGGAGACUUGCAGAAGUGGAAAUUUCAGGUCCAGAAAGCUAAAAUUCACACCAAGAUUUUGUUUCAACCAGCCAGUUGAAUUCUCUGUGACUCUUUAACUGGUUGGUUGAAACAAAAUCUUGGUGUGAAUUUUCACUUUCUGGACCUGAAAUUUCCACCUCUGGUGACUUCUGUUUCUUUGGUGUGACCCACCUAAUAUGUACAGCCUGGAAGCCUGUAAAUGUAAGUGACGCAUUUAUAGCGAUAUAUACUUGGCUGAGACUACCUUGGCUGUUUAGUAGGGAGUGACACAUUCUGCUCAUUUUUGUGUGCACUUUUAAACUCGUAAAUACAGUAUGAUUUGUAUAAUAUCUUAUAAAGAUUGGUGUUCUAUGUCAUUCAUUUUACCUAUGAGAUUGUGGAGCUGGGAAUAGGAGAUUCAAAUUAUUUUGAAAUACAAAUAAACACUGCUGCAGGCUGCAA